ACUGGAUGUAUCAGUCUCACUCAUCGAGUCGAAGUGAUUUAAUUAUUUAUUAUAAUCAAUUAUUUAAUUUAUUUUUAUUACAAUGAAAUACGUGUGUGGGCUCUUAUUUGCUACUCUUGUGGCUCUGACUUGUGGGUUUCCUAAUGGCGAACCUGAAGAAAAGCCCAGUAAUCAAUUGGCUGAUUUAAUUACUCAAGCGCAAACAAGUAUUCAAAAUCUUGGAAAAGAACUUCAAGAGAAACUUAAUCUCCCUGAUCAAGAGACUGUAGUUAACACCAUCAAAACUCAGAGUUCUACUUUGGUAGAAAAUGUUCAGAAUUAUAUCAAAGAAGUAUCUGAAAAUGUCAAAUCAAAGAAUCCAGAAUUAGAAAAAGCCUGGGAAAAUGUUAAAGAAAAGCUCACUCAAGUGGUCGAUGAUAUCAAUAAGCAAAUUCCCAAUGCUAAAGAACAAGCUACCAAACUUCAAGAAGUAGUCACACAUGGUCUCAAUGUUAUUGUUGAAGAGUCUGGUAAAGCUGCAAAAGCUAUCGAUUCAAACUCAGAGAAGGUUAGAGAAGAUAUUGCCAAGUUCACCAAAGAAGCAGUAGAAAUUGCAGUUCAAACUACCAAGAAUCUAGAUGCACAGUUACGUAACAUGACAGCUGCAUCAGCUUGAGGACCAUCAGCAAAGAAUUAUUUUUAAUUGAUUAAAAAUAACAGCUUAACUUUAAAUUGUUAUUUAAAAUUGAAUGAUACAAUAAAAAAUCAAAAAAAAAAAAAAA